UUUAAUAUUAUCAAUGAUGUCUGUGACCGUAGGAAUGUUAAAUUAUGAAGUGUCAAUUUCUUAAAUGGUUCCUAUUAAAAAACUAAUGUUCGUUUAUCCGUUACUGUUAACUGUGACCUCUUUAAAUGUUUGUCCAAUUUUAGUGUUUUCUAAUACUUUUGAAUUGACUUAACUGAAAGCAAUUAAUGGCACUGAUGUACCAAUAAUGACCGCUGUCAUGGGAACACAACGCGAAGAACUACAGAGCGCAAUUAUAACAUUAAACGAACCGAACGCUGUGUUUUAUUCUGGACAACUUAUCAAAGGCAACUUGAAUUUUGAACUGAAUAAACCUCUUCAUUAUAUUGCAAUAAACAUACAGUAUGUUGGGGAAUGUAAUGUUUUCUGGAUAGAGGAACAGAUCGAAGUAUAUAAUGGGGUGAAACAAAAGAAACACAUAAAGUAUGAGGGACGUGAGGAGUACUUUAACGUCAUCCACUGUCUGAGCGGGGGGGAUGGUGGUACAUGUGUUCUGGCCACGGGACCACAUUCGAUCCCAUUCUCCUAUCAGCUACCAUCCAACAUUCCAUCAUCUUUUAAGGGUGAUAAAGGGACCAUCAGCUACAGUAUUGUCGUUAGAGUGCUAAUGACGGGAUUCACUAACCAAGAGAUCACCAAGGACUUUGAUGUCGUAUCACCCGCAGACUUGAAUCAGGGCGGUGAUAAUAUUAAGAAGCCAGUCAUCCUGAAUUUUGAAGAAACAUCGAGUUGCAACCUUUUUUGUGUGACCAGGCCCUUGUCCGUGGAAGUGAAGCUGCCAGCAUCCGGCUUCUGUCCCGGGCAGACGAUACCCAUCACAGUAGAUAUCAAGAAUAAAACAAACUUGGAACUUUCUAAGAUUGUCUUUGAAAUAUCUACAAAAGAGCGAUAUCGCAGCCUCCAACCGGUGUCAGCGUUCAUACCUCCUGAGGACGUGUUAGUGUCUAUUAAAAAAGGUCCCGUCCUAGCUAAAACCUGCAAAGAAUAUAUGUGGGAGUUGAAAAUACCAGAAUUCAUAGCUCCCAAUUUAGAGAAUUGCAGUAUUAUUGAUGUGGGCUUCUUCUUCAAGGUAAAAAUAAAGAUGUCAGGUUGUAUGGAUGACAUGUACGACGAGUCCGAGAUCUGGUUGGGUCUGGUACCGUUGGGAUCGUCCGGCGUGUCCUCCCACCCCCUGGCCGAGCGGCUGCCCAUCGCAGCCAUACCCCCCGCCACCCCUCCUCCGCCGUACGAAUCACCACAGAUGCCGCCACCGUACAUACCAAAUGUCCCGAACGUCCAGAUCUGUCCCCCCGGACCCGUCCUCUUCCCUACUGUAGCCAACGUCGUAGAUAAAAGCCUCGCUUACGGCUCCAAGAGCAGUCCUUUGGGUGCCUUCGAGAUCGGCUUCCGACCCCCGGGAAAUUCCUCGAUGCCCGUUCCCAGUCAUCCAUAUCCGGAUUUCGAAGAUCAAAUGCAUCAGAGGCCAGACUUACAUCCAUACCCUGAACCUGCGGCUUCUGAACCCUACUCCGGCCGCCCCUCCGCUCCACCGCCCCCCUAAAACCUCACAGCCUGUUAAUAUAUUAAUAUCCAUACCUCCAUAAAUCAUAGUCAUAUAAAUAAGAUUCUUAAGUGCCAUCCGCAUAUGUAUGUACAUUAAAAAAUAUAAAAUGUUAGUCGAAAUCUACAAAGCAUUUAUAUAGAUAGUCUAAUAUUCACGUUGUCUAUUUUGAAUAUAUUUAACUGAUAUAUUGUCUUCCAUUAUUAUAUAAAUAACAAUAAAUUAUCGUGUUUACAUAACUUUUAAUAGUCCAUACAGAUUAUACAGUUUUUACACUAUUUAAACAGACUAUAUAUAUUUUAGAUCUGAUGUACUUUAAUAUCAUUGAGUGUAAAUGCGAAUAAAAUUAUACAAUUUUUUGUUAUUUUUAUACCAUGGCCUUUUUAUUUAUAUAUUUUAUAAUAAAUUAUAUAAAAUGA